GCAAACCUGACUUCCUACACAGCACAACUAGUUAACUGCACCCCGCUUCCUGUUAGCAGCUCUUUGGAUUUACGUGACUGUCGUUCGCUCCUCUGCACCUCGAACAUGUCGGUAGUGAGUUGAUAUACGUUUUAAAAUAAUGGGGAGUCACAACUUUAUAUGUUAAAAGUAGUUUUUAGCUAGCAAUAGCGACUUUAAAGUCAGAGCCCGCCCGUUUGUGCUCCUUAAACAAAACGUUAAGCUAAGCUAAAUGGAUUAUUGAGCUGUUUAAGAUGUCGUGGUUUAAUUAUGUCAGUCAAAGCUCAAGUCAACACCAGCCCACUGACAAUCAAGGAAUUGCAGGCAUCCUGUGUAGUUCUCCCAACCCAGUGUUCACGUCCCCUGCGGGUUUCCCUUCUCCAAGCUUGGGGGAAUUUCCCCCAGCUCCUCAAGGUGUAGUCAGCCCUCCCAGCCUUGAGAAGCUGUCCUGCGCUUCUCCGAGUGCAGGUCAAGUUAGAGAGCCCGAACCCAUCUCCUACGUAACCUUCCAGGAGCAGCGGUGUGUCCUGAGCUGGUUCCAGAGCUGGACUCCCGUUCAGAGGGAGCGGUUUCUCCAGGACCUUCUGGGGAAAGCUGUUCCGGGGAAAGUGUGCACCCUCCUAGACUCACUCAGCACUCUCCAGGUUAAAGACAAACUUCCAAACAUCUUUGAAUGCCAGCUCCGCCUGUGGACGCAGUGGUUUGAGUCUUGGGGAGAAGAGGAGAGGAAUCAUUUUCUACACAUGCUGGAAGAGCGGGACCCGGAUUUUGUUACCCACUUUUACAGGAGUGUAGCGGGUACAGCAGGAAGAGACUGAGCAAUGUUUGCAUUGUGAUAGAAAAGCGAGUAAUAAAGAGGUGAUGUGUGGUGUAGAAAA